AUGCCUCCGGUCCUCGACUCUUCCUCUCUACAUCGAUCUCGUUCGCUCGUCCGAAUCGUCUCAUCUCCAUCAUCUCAUCUCCAUCGUUCAUCUACUUCGUUCUCAGUCACCAUGUACCGUGUCGCUUCUAAUCUCGCCUCCAAGGCAAGGAUUGCUAGCAACACUCGAGAGGUUUCCAGUACAAUGAGCUGGAGCAGAAACUAUGCAGCGAAAGAGAUUAAGUUUGGGGUUGAAGCUGGUGGCUUGAUGCUUAGAGGGAGUGUUGGCGGAGGAGACAAAUAUCUGUUUCUGGGAAAAAGAGGUGGACAAGUUGAAGGAGAAGAUUUGAGCAGUAAUGUUAGAACUGUGAUUUCGGAGCUAGGCCUUGCUAAGGAAUUGCUUGAAAGAGUAGCCGAAGAAGAGAGUGAAUCGGGAAUUUGGCAGAAUAUGAGAAAUGCUGACAAGGGUUUAUAUUUGAGUAGUAAUGAGAGAGUUGUGACUUCUGAGCUAGGCGUUGCUAAGGAAUCGCUUCACAGAGUAGCUGAAGACUGA